AUGCCUCCUUCCAAACGCACUAGGAUAUUCCGUGAGUGCAAGAAGUACCUGAAGAAGCAGAGCAAGAACAACGCCCGAUACUGGGACACCAGCGCCGUCCUACACUCUCCUGAGCUGUGUCAAGCCUUCGAGCGCAUGUCUUCAUCUGAGGCAGGUGAAGGUCUAGCUGAAGCCGCUCAUAGGCGUCUCACCAACCUGAUUCAGCACCACGACAAUCAGGAAGACCUGGCAGAUAUCAUCGGCGCCUGGCACGACGCGCAUCACCGCGGUCACAUGCGCCAAGCUCAAAAGGACCUCCACUUGAUCCUCGCUCAGUGCAAGUAUCUCCCUGAAGAUGCGGGCGAGCGCUUCGAGCAAAUUGCUGAAGACGCAGAUGACCAGUUGCGGCGCUUGCAUGAUCGCUGGAAGACUGCUGUCCAUUGUACGUAUUUGGAUCGUGUGGAUGCGGUCGCUCCCAAGAUACUGCAGCCGCGUGUGCAUUUGCGGGGACUUCGGUACCUUGUCAUGGCGGAUCAGGUCGAGACCGCUCUUGGUGGGUUGCAUCAGGCUAUGCUCGAUAACCAGGGCUGGGCCACGCUGCCGUAUUCUGACGACGAGGCUGUUGUUGUUCUUCGGAUGGCUGAGCUUCAUGGCACGGCUUUACGCUCGGGUGAUUGA